AUGUUAGAGAAUGAACUCUCGUUCGUUUCUCUCACAAGAGUUUCUUUAAACGUAAUUGAGUUGAAUAUACAUGCCAAGGAUGCAACAAUCGUCAAUAAUGUGUCGUUUUCUCUUCCAAAUGGUCAGCUAAUGGCAAUUAUUGGUGGAUCAGGUUCAGGUAAGACUACCAUGCUUAAUGUUCUAGCAGGCAAAACAAAUUCGAGUAUAAACUAUGAUGGGGAAAUCCAAUACAGUCGAGAUGCUGCAAAAGAGGGAUCUAAAGCUGACGAGAAGGUAACCACAGCGUACUUGACACAGCAUGACGCAUUAGCUGCGAGGUUGACAUGCAGAGAAACACUUCGUAUUGCUGCUGAUCUUAAAUUACAUCUGCCGAAACAAGAAAGAUAUUCAUUAGUAGAAGAGUUGAUUGCGGAGUUGGGGUUGAGGGAUUGCUCAGAGACGUUCGUAGGUGAUUCAAUAAACAAAGGACUCUCAGGAGGUGAAAAGAGAAGACUAAGUAUAGCAGUACAGAUGAUUGCAAAUCCGUCUGUCUUAUUCCUGGAUGAACCAACAACUGGGCUUGAUGCGUACUCUGCGUUUUUGUUGAUAAAAACGUUAAAGAAACUUUGUGAACAUGGCGGAAGAACUAUUAUUAUGAGCAUUCAUCAGCCUCGGUCAGAUAUACUUUUCGCGUUAGAUCAAGUGUGCCUAUUAUCAAAGGGAUUCCCGAUGUAUUGCGGUGCGGUGGUCGGUAUGGUGGAAUACUUCUCAUCCAUGGGAUACACCGUCCCUGAAAGGUGCAAUCCUGCAGAUUACUUGAUAGAUAUCUGUAGCGUAGACAAUAGAACUGAAAAGUCGACGCUUGAUUCUGAAGGAAGGUGGAAUAUGUUUGCUUCGGAAUGGCAAGAGAGAUGUUCUACCAAAUAUGACACCUCAAAGGAAACAGCGGUUAUAAGCGUCGAUCCUUCUCCACCAUCUGUGUCCAUCUUACAACAAACAUUCAUUUUAACCAAGAGAAAUUUUUUACUAUCCAGUAGAGAUAGGCUGACUCUCUUUGCAGUACAAUUUGAGCCAGUUAUUGUCGGAAUUGUAGUCGGUUGGAUUUUCUAUAAACCAGACCAAACUUCAGAAAGUGGGCUAAGAACAAUCGCCGGCGCAUUAUAUAUAGUGGGAUCAAUUCAAGGCUACUUACUUUUGUUACUUGAAACGUACAGGCUAUCAGAACUUGAUAUCAAAAUUUACGACCGAGAAAGAUCGGAGGGCUGCGUCACCGCAUUUUCUUAUCUCAUGGCCAGGCGACUGUCGAAUCUGGUUCAAGAGGAUAUUCUUAUACCUUUAUUAUUUGCCAUUAUUACAUAUUUCAUGUUUGGUUUGGAGGCCAAUGCAGGCAGAUUUUUCACAUAUUUCGGAUGCACCCUCGUAAGCCAUCAGACCUCUGUUGCAGUCGCUUACAUGGCUGUUUCCAUAUCGAGAGAUUUCUCUAAAGCGGGGCUUGUCGGAAAUUUAACCUUCACAUUGCAAUCUAUGGCUUGUGGCUUUUUUGUGAACGCUGAAAAAAUGCCAGUAUAUGUGAGAUGGACCAAAUAUAUUGCUUAUCUUUGGUACACGUUCUCUGCACUCAUGUCGAAUACUUUCAGUAACUUUGGCUGCCACCAAAUCAAUGGCUCUGAAGUCUGCACCGGGGAUCAAUAUAUUGAUACGUUCGGCAUACCGAAAAACUGGAUAAGUGUUCCAAUAAUAAUCACAUUUUGCUGGGCGAUUGGAUUUUACUUAGUGGGACUCUUAUUUUUCCAGUUCAAAACAGUCGACGUUACUCUAGCGAAGCAGGUUUCAACCAAGAAGAAAAAUUCAAACGAAGAAAAAGAUAUAAGUGUUGAUACAUCAAAUGAAUCAGUAAUUGUGGAGGAAAAGCUGUCGAAUGAAUCCAUUACUGAAGGGUCUGAAAUAUCCAUUGAUUUGCAAGAUAUCUCAUUGUCUGUGCGACAGAUACAACUGUUUGAAAUAAGCAAAAAGAAAUUAAUUGGUCAUUCACAUAAAGACAUAUUAUGUUCCGUAAAUGCUAGCUUCAGACCUAAUGCAAUCAAUGCAAUAAUGGGGCCGUCUGGAUCAGGAAAAACUUCUUUAUUGAACUUAAUUUCCGACAGGGUUUGUUCAAACUUCUUCACUAAAUUUAAUGAAUCUGGUAGAAUUAUCUUCAAUCAGCAACCAGUAAUGAAGUCUAUGUUCAAGAGCGUCUGCUGUUAUGUUUCACAAGAUGAUAACCAUUUGCUUCCCAAUUUGACCGUGUACGAAACAUUAAAAUAUGCUGCCCGAUUGAGACUAUCACAUCACAAUGAGAGCCGUAUAGAGACUAGAGUAAGAACACUAAUUAGUGAUCUUGGGUUGAAAAACUGUGCAAAUACCUUAGUGGGUAACGAUCUCAUAAAAGGGAUAAGUGGAGGGGAGAAAAGGCGCGUUUCCAUAGGAAUCCAAUUGCUUACCGACCCUUCAGUUUUAUUAUUGGAUGAGCCUACAUCGGGAUUGGAUAGCUUUACAUCUUCAACUAUUAUCGAACUCCUCAAAAAACUUUGUCAACAGGGCAAGACCAUCAUCCUGACUAUCCAUCAACCAAGAGCGGAAGUGUUCGCAGACUUUGGUAAUGUUCUACUUUUAGCCAAAGGUGGCCGCGUAGCUUUUAACGGCUAUCCAUCUGCAAUGAUCGAGUAUUUCAAUAAAGAAGGAUUCACAUGUCCUCAGUUGACCAAUAUUGCUGACUACCUUUUAGACGUAAUAUCUGUGAACAUUCAGAAUUAUGAGAACGAAGUCUCUUCGAAAGAGCGUGUGAAUGCAUUAAUAGAAAAAUGGAGAGUGAUAAGCUCCAAAGAUGUUAGGAACGUAAAUCCCACCAUGACCCACUCUGAAUUUACAUCCCUAUUUGCCCAACAUAUCCGUCAUCAUGCUUCUGUACUGGUAGCAUACAAAGUAUGCUUGUCGCGUCAAUUUAAAGUGAUGACAAGAAACAUUGAUUCUUGUUUCGCUAGGUUAGCCCAAGUUCCUGGAAUGGCAGCUAUUUUAACCAUCUACUUUGCCCCACUCAAGAACAAUUUCACUGGUGUUAUGAAUCGGUUAGGACUAACCCAACAAUACACAUCUCUAUACUUUUGUGGCAUGCUUUUGAACCUUGCAGUUUAUCCUGCGGAAAGGGAUAAUUUCUAUCAGGAGUUUCAUGAUAACAUAUAUGGCAUUGGCCCAUUCCUGUGUGCUUACAUGACUUUGGAGUUUCCAAUGGCUGUCUUAUCCGCUAUCCUAUUUUCAGUUUUAACUGUGAUGGGAAUCGGACUACCACGAACUGCUCAAAUGCUUUUCAUUUCAAUGUAUUGUUCAUUCAUAAUAACAACGUGUGGCGAGGCUUGGGGGAUAGUAGUCAACACUCUUUUCAAUAGACCAGGGUUUGUUGUUAACGUUGUUUCAAUUAUAUUAUCUAUAAGCUCUAUUAUGAGUGGCAUUUUGUCAUUGAAUAUGCCUAAAUUUUGGAAAGGUUUGAACUAUGUUAGUCCCGUCCAUUACACAAGUAUGAUAUUGAUCAAUUAUUCUUUUCCAGAUCAGAUGAAAUUUACCUGUAAUGAUGGAGGUAGAAAUUCAGACGGAUCGUGUUUGUUCAAUAACGGAAGAGAUGUCAUAGAUAAUUAUGGCCUUCAUGUCAACACAUCCGUUUAUCUUGGGGUUUUGGCUGCUGUUUGGGUUGUUUACCGAAUAAUUCCAUACCUCAUAUUAAAAGCCGAUCUAGAACUAUUUAAGAGAUAA